AUGAUCGCAGCACAAGUGCUCGUGUUUUUUCUUUCCUUACUUCAUGUCAGUUUGGCAGCUCCGGUAACCUUGUAUCAGACUACCACUGCUGUUACAUACGAGGAUGGCUCUCAGUAUUCUUACAACCCAACUGCUGACGCUACGCUGGCCGUGGCUGCAUCUGCUGCUGCUACUGGUGAGGUCUCCGCUGAUUCCUCCUCCUCAUCUGGAUCUACUGGCUCAUCCAUCUGGUCCACUUUGCUGAACUGGUUGAGCAACUACUCAAGCUCAUCUGGCACCUCCAGAUCUGGUUCCACUUCCGGCUCAAGUUCUGGCCUGGGCUUCAGCUUCUCCUCAUGGCUUAAGGGUCUUUUCGGAAACAGUGACAACUCUGACUCCGGAAACAACUCAUACACUAGCUCUGCUAGCUCUGCUAACACCCAGCAGCCAUCUACUUCCGCUCCAUCCUCCACUUCCACUGGUGGCGGCUGGUUUGACACCAAGACCUCCUCCACUUCUCAGCAGAGUAGCACGACUUCAUCGGACUCGACUAGCACUGGUGGUAUCUACGAUGCCAUUUACAACUCUUCUGAGGACAUUGACAAGAGUUUUGCCAAGGAUAUUUUGGAUGCUCACAAUAAGUACAGAGCCCAACACGGUGUUGACGAGUUGUCAUGGGAUGAGGGUCCAUACAAGUACGCUAAGGAGAACGCUGAUGCUUACGACUGCUCUGGUGUUCUCACCCACACUCAUGGUCAAUACGGUGAAAACUUGGCUGCUGGAUUCAGCAACGGUCCUUCUGCUGUGAAGGCUUGGUACGACGAAGGUCAAACUUACGACUACUCCUCUCACAACGAGUACAACCACUUCACUCAGGUUGUGUGGAAGGGAUCCAAGAAGGUUGGUUGCGCCUACAAAGACUGUCGUCUGAACAACUGGGGCUUGUACAUUGUCUGUGAGUACGACCCUGUUGGAAACGUUAUUGGCCAGGAGGCUCAGAACGUCUUGAAACCCGUGUCAUCCUAG